AUGGUAACUUCAACAGCAACGGCAGGACUGUGGGGAGAGGCGGAGAUACUACAAGAGGCUGGAGAUGGGUCACCGCCAGCGGAGAAUUCUGACCAGUUGAUCCUUCGGAGUGCUUCUCUGCUGUGGAGAUCUUCACACCCUCAAUCUGUCAUGAUGAUACCACUUUUUUGAAAAGAAAAACUUGACUGACGGAAAGUCAUACGUCUGGGCUUAACAGAACCUGGGGUUCACAAGAGCACAGUGAGGUGGAAAAGUCAAGGGUCAGAACAUAUCCUACUUUGAGCUUCUUGUGCAAUGAAACCACCAGCCAGCAGGAGCUUCACAUCAGAGACUCUGAUUCAGAGGUGGGACUCAGCUCCACGGGACUCUGCUGAGCCAAAUGAUGAAGUCCCGUCCGGGCACCGCAACUAUGCUGCUGCCCAUCGCUCUCUGUCUCGGCUUGGUCCCCGCGUCUUUCGGAGCUGCAGUUCCUGUUUCAUGUGGCUCCAUCUACAAGAGUUUUGCUCAGUGUUUGCUCACGCUUGGGGACAGUUUGGUGGAAACACAAAAAGACCAGAGCACACAGGACAUCGAUGCAAUCUGCAGGUCCUGGAAUGCGUUCCAUGUGUGUGCUAACUCAGCUCUGGUCGGAUGUCCCGGAGAACCAGCAGCCGUCUGGGAGUCUCUAAGACAAGAGUCCCGGAAGACGCAGUUUUCUGGAAACCUGUACGACGUGUGUGCCAGCCGCACCACCCUCCCACCCAGCACUGUGCCUGCACCCCAGAGCCCCCCCACCUCUGACCAGACCAACCAGGAAACACUGAAAGGGCAAACAUACAAGCACAGCCCGGCCCUCAGCACACUCUUGCUCCCUGUGUGCAGCACGCUACUGGUUCUGCUCAGGAGUUAGUCAGCUGAUCAACCAAUGAGCUGGUCAUCACAGAGUCCUCCACCCCCUAUGGUCCAAACACGCAAGGGUAAACAUGCUUCACAAAUCAGACUUGUCAUGAUUACAUAUCGAUCCUUAAAUCAGGAUUUCAGAUGGAUCAUAUUGAAGUAUUUGGUUCUGUGUUUCUUACAUGGACAAGGAGGUAUAUCUACUGUAUUUAGACAUUAACUGAUCAGAUCAUUACUGUAAUGAUUUUAUAUGCCUCGCCCUCAGAGAGGACAAAAAGGGCAUAAAUAUUUAGAUUAUCCAUACUGGUUUUUGCUAAAAAAGUGUCACUUUCAUAGACACGAGGACUGCACAUAUACAGUCCGAGUGUUAAAUUAAAUUUAUGUCAUGCACUAUUGCUUGUUUAUGCUAUUUCUGUCUGGAGUAGCAAAGAGUUUAAUCCAGGGAGAGAAGAGGAAGGCCCUCCUAUUGCUGAGUUCUCUUAACUGAGAGAAAAAUCUUGCCAAUAAGCUCAUAGUAAUAGUACACACCUCAAUUUUCUAUCAUUACUACAGUAAAUCAGUAAUACAGGGUGAUUUUUAGGACAAGAGAGAGUUGAGCGAUUUUUUCAAUGGCAGGCGUCAGAUCUGUGAUCCAAUCAGGUGUGACCCAGAGGAAAGUAUUAUUACAGGGGGCAAAACAGUGUCUUAGUGCAGAUGGCUUAAUUCAUCACCGUGUAUGACUGGUUUAAGGUCAGAAAAUUACAUUUGUGUGUGGAAGGAUUCUUUGCAGUGUUUGCAUGUUGUUGCUAAAUUUUUAUCACUUGUCUAAAACUGUGUCAUUUCAUGUGACUCCUCUCAGUGGUUUUGCCGUUCUUUUCAAGCAGUCUAACUGUAUGUUGCUUUUUCUACUCUGAACUGCUGGUUACAGUAAAGCUUUACUUUAAUCAGUUAAAUAACUUUACGCAUCCCCUGUGGGCCAAAUAAAAAGGCAAGGUAAAUUUAUUUGUAUAGCACAUUAUCAUACAGGGAGGUCAUUCAAUGUGCUUAACAAUGUGCUUCAAAAGAAUACAUGGCAGAGAACCAAAUAAUACAAUAAAUAAUAAAAAGUAUUAUAAGUAUAAAGACAGUACAUGCUAAGUGCAUAGGUCAGUGGUGGGAAGAAGAUAAGUGUUUCCCAGAUUUCAUCCCAAGAACAUUAACAGUUGCUGUAAUGUAAUUAAAUGUUGUAUAACUGUUCUUUGAUACUGAGCCAGUCCAUUGCAUUUUAUUCACUGGUUUUCACAUUAUCAACGUAUUUGCUGUUUAAUUUUCUGGUUUUGUUUUUGGUUAUUUGCAUUAUUCUAUUUCUUCUUCACAGCAUUGAGUGGCACAUGCCUUCUUUGUUUCACUCUGAUUUUUAACCCAACAAAAAAUUAAAUUCAAAAGUGUGCUGACAGACACAAUGCAGAGUUUUGUACCUUAAACCGCAACUAUUGCUUUUCUUGAAGUUGUGUGUUUCUGUGUCGGUUUUGUGUGUAAUCUUAAUACUCUUAAGCUGUUUCAUAACAGCCGA